GGAAAGUGUUCUGACUUCACACGUGAGUGCGACUGCUGUAUAUUAUUUUUAAAUAUCUACGUCCUCGUAUGCUCGUCAGAAGAAAGCCAUGGAUAAGAUAACAGAGACGAUACUGCUAGAGAAAUGUUCUACAAAGACAAACAAACUGGAGCAGAUAAAGACCCUCAAUCUCUCAUGCAUGGGUCUAAAGGGAGAGGAUAUGCCGGUGCCUCUGCUAUCUAAACUACACAAUCUGGAGGGGUUGAAUUUGUCAGGGAACAUGCUGCAGGAGUUUCCCAGAGGCCUUCGUCUUCCCUGCCUGAAGACCCUUGACUGUUCCAACAAUGAUAUGGAGGAUGUGGUGUCACUGGAAGCCCUGAGCAACUUAGAGGAACUGCGAUUGGAGGACAACCUCUACCUCACAGUCAAUGAUGAACACAAAGCGAUCUUCCUGUUACCCAAGUUGAGGAUGUUUAAUGGGAAAGAUAUCAGCUUUAAAGCCCAUCACAUCCGCAAUGGCAGCACUGAGAUCCUCAGGAAGAGGGUGAUUGGUGUAUGGGAACGGAGCUUCAGUCUCCCUAAUCCGGUUACGGCACAAAGUCUGGCUGCUGUUGAGAAGAGCUUUAAGUCUGCCUGCGCCCAAAUCAAAUACGGUCCCAGUUCUUUGAGUGAUUACACAAAGUGGAGGGUUGAAAUGAUCGCAAAAGAAUAUUUAAAGUCACUGACGGGCAAUGAAGAAGGCAGUACCACAGACACCACUGCAGUAACAGAGAAUGAGACUCCUGUUGAGAGAAAAACAUGUGACCUUGGUGCUAACGGUACCACAAGCCUUCAGAAGAGAACCAGAAACAACAGUGAGGUCAGUGCAGAGGCCAGUCCACGAAAGUCAAGCCGCUUGGCAAGUGCAACCUCCAUUGAAGGCAGUCCGAGAAAAUCCACUCGUGUACUCGGUACUCCACAGAAAACUGAUCCUAUAUUGCCCAGUUCCAGAAAGCAUGCCAGAAUGACUAACGUGGCAACUCCAGAGGGUAGUCCGAGAAAAACAUGCCGUCUGGAAAAUGUGUCUCAAAAAGAUGCUAGCAAAACUGGAAGCCCUAGAAAGGUGGCUAAGAGCACAGUCAUCUCCAACCCCAAGUCAAGACUAGCUAAAUGCGAAAGCCCAAAGAAAACCCCUAAAGAUCAGCCUACAGCUCAACAGGGCAAAAACACUGCUGCCAAAACUGAAAACAGCACACCUCGGAAAACUCUCAACGCCAAACCCCAAGUUCCUCAGGAUCCGGUGAGUCUGCAGCCUUUGCAUGUCCUCCAGUGCCAUAGUCGACUUGACAGUCCAAAGGAUUUCAGCACUCAGCUUUGGGCCUGCGCUUUUGAACCCCCCCAAGACUGCAGUGGUGAUUUGAGUACUGGGUCUCGGACAGUUGCCACAUGUGGAGGGGAAACUUUGUGUCUGAUUGACUGUGAGUCAGGACAUGUGCUGAAGAAAUACAAGGUUCCUGGUGAGGAAUUCUUCUCGCUGGCAUGGUCCAUAGUGCUAAUGUCCCGGACUGGUGGCUCUGCCCGUCCCUGUAAUAUCCUGGCUGCUGGGGGUAAGAGGGGCCUGGUAAAGUUAAUUCAUCCCAGAGUCAAUCUGGCAUUCGGAGAAUUUCGCGCCAGUCGCCGUGCCAUUUCCAUUGUGCGCUUCAGUCCCCGGAACACAAGCUUUCUCUUCACUGGGACAUAUGAAAAUAAGAUCAUUUUGUGGGACAUUGGUGGAUUGGACCGUGACUACAACUUCAAAAUGAGUAAGCUGCUAGUACUGGAAACUUGCUCCAAUCCUCUACAUCUCUCCAUGAUCCCCUCCUCUCCAGACACUCAUCUCCUCUUAGCCUGUGAUGAUGGGCUCUACAGCUUUGACAUCCAGCUCAGUAAAAAUACACAGAAGAGGAAUGAGGAGAUGGAGAUUGUGUUUCCUAUUUACAAGAAAAAGGACAAGAAAAACACCUAUCAUACUAUUGAUGGCCUGAGCUUCCUCUCGGAUGAUGUAGUCGCAUCCAAGAGCCACAUGCAGGGCUCCAUCUACCUUUGGAGCUGGAGUGCUACUUGGGCAUCAUGGAACGGCAAAAAGAAAGUGGUGCCAGCUGUUGUACUAGCAGAGCUUCAGUGGUCCUGCACUGAUGUCCCAUACUUGUCUUUAGGCACCUGCCCAGGUUAUGGUUAUGUUGCAUGUGGGGAUGAGAAAGGAGGACUGUGGAUGUACCAUAUCACAGACACCAUGAUGGAAAACUUCAAGAGUGGAAAAACAAUCUCCGCCACUGAGGUGCUGAAGUGGCCAUCACCGGUCAGAGCUGGAAUGGGUGCAAUAGAGGGGCCGUCUAUAAACAGCGUUGCCAUGGAUCCUGAUCUUCGUUACUUGGUUGCCCUUACAGACAAGAACAUGGCCGUGGUGUGGAGGAGAGAGAGCCCUUGAGCAGCAAAAGAUGUCCAGUUGCUAGCAAUAUUUCUCUGUGCACUGCAGAUCAGGGGUUGAAUUAGUAGUGCUUAGAAUUCUAUGGGGAAAGCGAAGUCUUAAAGCGAUAGUUCACCCAUAAAUGACAACUCUCUCAUCAUUUACUCAUCCUCAUGCCAUCCCAGAUGUGUAUGACUUUCUUUCUUCUGCUGAACACAAACAAAGAUUUUUCUGAGAAUAUCUGCGCUCUCUAGGUCCAUACAAUGCUAGUUAAUGGUGACCAAAUCAUGAAUGCCAAGGAAACGGCAGAUGUUAAGAUUUACAGUGGAAAAAGGUGUUAUAUUUUGGUCUGUUCUUCCCCAAAACCAACUGGAUCACUUAAGACAUGGAUUAAACCACUGGAGUUAUAUGGAUUACUUUUAAGCUGUCUUUAUGUGCUUUUCGGAGCUUCAAAGUUUUGGUCACCAUUCACUUGCAUUGUAUCUUCGUUAUUCGUUUGUGUUCAGCAGAAGAAAGAAUAUCAUACAUGUCUUGGAUGACAUAAGGGUGAGGAAGUGAUGUGAGAAUUAAAAUUUUUGGGUGAACUAUUCCUUUUUAAACUAAAGGAGUUUAAAUGAAAAUUGGUCCCAUUACUUCAUCUAUUUUAAAGAUUUGUUGUCUAAUUGAUCCAUCAUGUAAUUUUUUUCCUGAUACACUGUUACAAACGUUAGUAAGGCAACCGUGUAGUCUUAAAAAAAAAAAAAUCUUUUUUUAUUUAUUUUUUUUUUAUAUUGCUUGUUUUAAAAAUUUUUAAACAUUGUUUCCAAGAAAAUAUAUCAAUUGGAGAGGAAAGAUUAUCAGAAGAGGAAAAAUAUGGUACAAAUAAGAACUGCCUUACUGUGUUUUUCUUCAAUGAAUGAACUGGUGUCAUAUACCAGUAUUAUGUUUUAAAGGACUUGUAAUGUUAGUGUCAA